CUCUCUUUCUUCCUCCCACCGAUACCUUACCUAGCACCACCAAGCAGCAGCGGGCUGGUUGGCGACCAUUUGUUAUUAUUAAACCCGGACCCCGUCCGACCACCCCCCUCCUGUCGAAGAAAGACCCUUCUCGGUUUCCCUCACACUCCUUUCUCUGUGUCGUGCAGAGUUGUCGUGAGGAGUUUGGAAAUAGCUUCCUCGACCUUGAAUCACCAUUCCGAAUACCCUCAACCUCCUCCUCCUUAUCCUCCCGACUCGACCUCGACCCUCCUGCGUGUUCGUACGAGGCGAACCCGAUCUCUACAAUACGAGAAAAGAGAGCCACUGUCCCCGGUGAGCUUUCUCUAUCUCGCCUCCGGCCAGAAACACCAAAAAAAAAAAGUGAGUGCUCUCUGUUUGGCCACCGUUCAGGAGAACAACAACACCAGGAAACCAGUGCCAUGGUUCUUGACCGCUGCCUUUUGCCUCAUGCCUAGCUUGUUGCCUCAUUUUUGUGACUCCUCACUACCCUGCCUGCUUAUCUUGCCGCCUCGUUAG